GGGCCCUUUUAGCUGGAAAACUCUUUGACAAAGUAGAUUUUGUGACAUGUCUGCAAGAGCUGCCUGAAUGCACAGUUUGUGGAGAUCUCUUGCUAGAUUUAAUUUGCGAAUAAAAAAAAAAAAACUACCGACACUGUUAUUAAUCUGAUCAUUCCUCUGGCUGAUGAUUAGGUUGAUUAUGACAACACACACUGACACAUUCGAGCAUCUGUUCAGAAAUGAGUGGUUUAACUUUCAGUUUUUUCUUGGUCUGUGAAAAAACAAAAAUCAAUUUAAGUGAAUCCUCCAUGAAGUGUUCUCCAUCCACUUGACACAAGGGGCCUCCUACAUUAAAACAUUUUUCUGCUUCCCUGGCCUUGAAGAAUCCUUCACAUCCAUUGGUUUUCAUCCCUUUUAUGAACAUCUAAAGCCACAAAAAAGUGAAAUCAUUCUUUUUUUUUUUUCUUUUGGCUGUCUCGAGUCUCAUCACUCCUGAUUGUUCUGGCUUUGGAGUGCCUUGCGGAAAUGUUUUGACAGAAGUCAGAUGUGCUCACCGUUCUCCUUCUUUUAUCACAAUUAAAGCGCUGCCGACGUUUCGACAAAGGGUUUGAAUAACUGGAUUAGAAUUCCAUUCAGCUCUCAUUGCCAUCAUGUCUGCACCGCUGAUCUUUUCCUCUUUCCUUUUUCAUAUAGAGUCACGUCUACGUUGUCUUUCUGUUUUCCAGAAAAGGGACCUUGCUGCUGAAUAACUGCUUUGCUGUGACGGCCGCUUUGUUGCUGUCGCUGGGUGAGAUGUCAAGAUCUUUUGAGAUGCUCAUCAUCGGCCGGAUCGUCAUGGGCGUGAACUCGGGUAUAUCACUUAGUGUCCUCCCCAUGUACCUGGGAGAGAUUUCCCCUAAACACAUCAGAGGGUCCAUUGGCCAGUUCAACUCCAUCCUGAUCUGCUUGGGCGUGUUCACAGGACAAGUGUUGGGUCUGCCUGAGCUCCUGGGUCAGGAGUCCAGGUGGAACUACCUGUUCUCCUUCCUGGCGUUUCCAGCAGUGAUGCAGCUGUGUGUCCUACCCUUCCUCCCCGAGAGUCCCCGCUACCUGCUGAUGGAGAAGAAGGACGAGGCAGGAGCAGAGAGAGCUUUUCAGAAGUUUUUGGGGAAGACGGAUGUGUCCCAGGAGCUGGAGGAGGUCCACGCGGAGGCACGGGCUCAGGACAACCUGAACACUGUCUCUGUGUUACAGCUGCUGAGGAGCCCAGCUGUUCGCUGGCAGCUCAUCACCAUCAUCAUCACCAUGGCUUGCUAUCAGCUCUGCGGACUCAACGCUAUCUGGUACUACACUAAUGGGAUCCUACGGGAAGCGGGGUUUGCAGAGCACUUGCUCCCCUAUGUUACACUGACCACGGGCGCUACGGAGACUCUGGCCGCCAUCUUCUCAGGUCUGGUGAUUGAGCAGAUUGGGAGAAGACCCCUCCUUAUAUUUGGUUUCUCCUCCAUGGCUGUAUUCUUCAGCCUGCUGACAAUUUUCCUCAACUUCCAGGACAGUGUUUCAUGGAUGCCGUACCUCAGUUACAUCUGCAUACUGGCCGUCAUCGCAGGCUUUUGCUCGGGACCAGGUGGCAUCCCAUUUAUCCUGACUGGGGAACUGUUUGAACAAUCCUACAGGCCUGCUGCUUUCAUGAUCGCUGGCACUGUGAAUUGGUUGUCCAACUUUGCUGUGGGCCUCUUAUUCCCUUUCAUUCAAGAGAAGCUGCAGUCAUUUGCCUUCCUGGUGUUCGUGGUGGUCUGCAUCCUGGGAUCCAUCUACCUCUGCGUUGUCCUCCCUGAAACCAAAAACAAAACCUUCAUGGACAUCAGUCAGAGCUUCGCUAAAAUCAACAAAGUGCCAGAGUUUUCACCUGGCCAGGAGAUGGAGCUGGUCCUGUCCAUGAAGCCCGAGAGCGAGAAGGCGCCAGACGUCAAAAAGACGGAGAGCUCCUUCUGAGACACCAACUACGGAAAAAAACAGGGCAAGAUACAAGAGGGAAAUGUUGUUUUUAUAUAUUUAUUUGACUGUUUUUUCUUAAUGAAGUUGAAAUGUAUCCUGUUUGUAUGUUUUGUAGGAUAUUCAAGAAAACUGCAGUAUUACAAAACUAUUUCUACAUCUUAAUAAAUGAGGUAGAUCAAA